AUCCAAUUAGAAGAACAUUGUCUAAGAUAAGGAGACUUGUGCAGUUAUUGAGGCUUGGAAGGAGUGUUCGCCCUUUCUGAAACGACUCCCACCAAGGGAACUACAGAUGUGUUUAUCACAAUUAUGUUUUCUUUCAUAUCUUCUCAUCUGAGGGUCAGCUCCUCUUCCUCACCAUCACAGCCUCUCCUCUGCCAGCCUUCAUCAUCAAACACGUCAUCAUCACCCUCUACCUACAAGACCACCAGGAGGCAGAAGAGAGUGAACAAGGAGAGCAGCAUGUCUCUCUGUGUCAAUGUCUUGGAGAUGGUCUCUCUGGACUCCAGAGCUGAAUCCGGGCGGGGAGAGGAAACAGAAGACCAGGGAGACACGCGUGCGGCUGCCGUUCUACUCCGUGACACUGCAGAGAGCGACGGACAGACAAGACACGCAGCCAUCUAGUCAGGUGGACAGACAGACUGGCACAGAAGGAAGCCCUAAAUAUCCCAUGAUGCCUUGCCCCAGACUCCUGCGCUAGGCCCCAGCAGUAUGGGCGGAGCCUGGGAGGGGAGAGAGAGCUCUGAUUGGACCAGGUCGGGUCACCCCUUCCCUGCUUCCGAUGGGGGAGGACGCUGAGAACUCCAAACUCAACCACAGCUUCCUGAGAGACUAUGUCACUGAAGCUGAUGUCAUCUCCACGGUGGAGUUUAACCAUACCGGAGACCUGUUGGCUACUGGGGACAAGGGAGGCCGUGUGGUCAUCUUCCAAAGAGAGACUGAGUCUAAAGGGGAGGUGGAGGAGGUAGGUGAGACGGGGGAGUCAGGGGAGUAUAAUGUCUAUAGCACCUUCCAGAGCCACGAGCCAGACUUUGACUACCUGAAGAGUCUGGAGAUCGAGGAGAAGAUCAACAAGAUAAGAUGGCUGCCACGACAGAAUGCCGCCCACUUCCUGCUCUCCACCAACGACAAGACGAUUAAGCUGUGGAAGGUGAGUGAGAGAGACAAGCGUCCGGAAGGUUAUAACCUGAAAGAUGAGGAGGGCAGGAUGAAGGACAUGUCUACAGUUACAUCACUACAGGUCCCGGUGUUGAAGCCCACUGACCUGAUGGUGGAGGUGCGCCCUAGGCGUGUGUUCUCCAAUGGUCACACCUACCAUGUAAACUCCAUAUCGGUCAACAGUGAUGGGGAGACCUACCUGUCAGCCGACGACCUGCGGAUCAACAUGUGGCACCUGGGGAUCACAGACCGGAGCUUCAACAUCGUGGACAUCAAGCCGGCCAACAUGGAGGAGCUGACGGAGGUGAUCACAGCUGCAGAGUUCCACCCGCACCACUGCCACCUGCUGGUCUACAGCAGCAGCAAGGGGACACUGCGCCUCUGUGACAUGAGGGCCUCCGCUCUCUGUGACCAUCACGCCAAACUUUUUGAGGAACCAGAGGACCCAGGAAGUCGUUCCUUCUUUUCUGAGAUUGUGUCGUCGGUGUCAGAUGUGAAGUUCAGCCACAGCGGCCGGUACCUGCUGACCCGGGACUAUCUGACAGCCAAGGUGUGGGACCUGCACAUGGAGAAAGGCCCAGUAGAAACAUACCAGGUGCAUGAGUACCUGAGGAGCAAACUCUGCUCUCUGUACGAGAAUGAUUGCAUCUUCGACAAGUUUGAAUGUGUCUGGAACAGCAGUGACAGCGUAAUCAUGACGGGGGCGUACAACAGCUUCUUCAGGAUGUUUGACCGGGAGACCGGGCGGGGCGUGACCCUGGAGGCGUGGCGGGAGACCAGUAAGCCGCGGGCGGUUCUGCGCACGCGGAGGGUCUACACCGGGGGCAAGCGUCGCCGUGGCGACGUGGGCGUGGACAGCUUGGACUUCACCAAGAAGAUCCUCCACAUGGCCUGGCACCCUGAGGAGAACAUCAUCGCCAUCGCCGCCACCAACAACCUCUACAUCUUCCAGGAUCGGGUCAACACCGAAACCCAGGGACAGGACUGACACAGAACUGUUGAACACACACACCACACACUCACAGGCAUGCAUGCACACACACAAACAUGCACACAUUUACACAUUGAACUUAACACACUGGAUAUUAGACACAGAUCCUGAAGUGUUGAGCAUCGAGCCUAGUUGACUCUGUAUCUGUGAAGGAGGUCAGGUUAACUGUAUCUGUGAAGGAGGUCAGGUUAACUGUAUCUGUGAAGGAGGUCAGGUUAACUGUAUCUGUGAAGGAGGUCAGGUUAACUCUGUAUCUGUGAAGGAGUUCAGGUUAACAGUAUCUGUGAAGGAGGUCAGGUUAACACUGUGAAGGAGAAACGGUUUACCCUGUAUCUGUGAAAGAGGUCAGGUUAACUCUGUAUCUGUGAGGGGGGUCAGGUUAACCAUGUAUCUGUGAAGGAGGUCAGGUUAACUCUAUCUGUUAAGGAGGAACGGUUAACUCUGCAUCUGUGAGGGGGGUCAGGUUAACCAUGUAUCUGUGAGGGUCAGGUUAACCAUGUAUCUGUGAGGGGGGUCAGGUUAACCAUGUAUCUGUGAGGGUCAGGUUAACCAUGUAUCUGUGAGGGGCGUCAGGUUAACCAUGUAUCUGUGAGGGGGGUCAGGUUAACCAUGUAUCUGUGAGGGGGGGUCAGGUUAACCAUGUAUCUGUGAGGGUCAGGUUAACCAUGUAUCUGUGAGGGGGGUCAGGUUAAACAUGUAUCUGUGAGGGGGGUCAGGUUAACCAUGUAUCUGUGAGGGGGGUCAGGUUAACCAUGUAUCUGUGAGGGGGGUCAGGUUAACCAUGUAUCUGUGAGGGGGGUCAGGUUAACCAUGUAUCUGUGAGGUGGAGUGUUACCGUGGUGCCCUGUGUGUGUGGAUUCAGUCACUGUUUUGUCGUUUUUUUAGUUACCAUAACAACUGAUGUAGAUCGGUGAAUGGUCAGCAACAAAUAGCAUAUCACUAGACAUCCAGUCAACAGUUUUCCUAUGUGGUGACAACAUGAAAACACACAUGCAUAAAUGGGACACACUUUUAUACACACCUGGUGACACCUGGACACACCUGGCCACACCUGGCCAUAGCAGUACACACCUGGAUGGACAUACCUGGUGACACCUGGAGAAGCUGAUUCUAGAUCCGUGCUCCCUCACCUGACACCUGUACACACCUGGUUACCUGAACACCUGGUUAAUCUGGACACCUAGUUAUCUGGACACCUGGUUACCUGAACACCUGGUCAUCUGGACAUCUAGUAGUCUGACACACAAGCGGAUUACUGGUGUGACAUCUUGAAAUCAUGGUGAAAUCACCAGACUACUGGUGUCUCCCUCCAUUCCUCCAUCUAGGUUGUGUCCGACCGGCUCUCCGCAUAGCGCACAACCUCUCCUCGGGGGCCAGGGGGCUCUAGUCCGUCUGAGCGCCCCACCAAGGGAACGCCGGGCUGUCACGUGACACAUCAGGCUCAUCGCCUGUACUCACGUCCAUGACUAUGAUCUGUGAAAUAUUACCACUAACUCACUCUGUCUGUCAUUAUUUUUAACCCUGAGAACCCAUUUACACUGGUCAAUCCCCUUUAUACAGGGAGCUGUGCAAAUAGUCUUUUUAUAUGUUUUAAGGUGUGUCAAAAUCAGUUGUGAGCCCAGGCCUGGAACAAAAGCCUGCACAAGCCAAUUGCCCCUCAAAGGGGCAAUCGGGAAUUCUGCCAAAUAAUGUGGCUUGAGCUCUCUGAUCUCCUCCAAUUAUAGGCAGUAGUGUAGCGACGUUACCGCGGCAACUCCGCGGCCAACCAAUCAGUGGUAGGGUUGUUGUGAAUAGCAUCACGGCAGCUGUAGCAUGUUACCCAGUCAGAAUAUCGCUGUAUAUCUAGCGUACCUGUAAACAUCCAGAGUUAUACCUUAACAUACAGAACGGACCCUCAGUCGAGACAAUCGAUGAAGGAACCUGUGUAAAAUAAAUAAUAAAAUAACCUGAAUCCGAUGA